CGCCAAAUUAUUACCUGUGCUAGAUCAUCUCCUACGCUGUGGGACAGGCUAUCAAAAUGGACGGGGUGAAAGCUGCAAAGAGACGCAAAAUUACAGACAAAUCCGUUCCCAAUGCUCUUGCGCAACUCCCAGAGUUCGCUGAGGACUCACAAAUGUACCAAAGCUUGCUAGAGAUGGAAAAGAAGCUUGACUGGACGAUGAACCGGAAAAAAGUGGAAGUGCAAGACGCAUUGGCGCGCAAUCCGACUACUGCGCGUACGUUGCGGCUAUUCUUAAGCCAUACGGUUUCCGGGCAGACGUGGCAAAACGGUGAAGCUGGUGCUGAGGGGGUAAACUUCGAGACGGGGCAGGGAAUUCCAGCAUGGUCCCUGAAGGUUGAAGGACGACUACUAGAGCUUCCAAAUCAACGCGCGCGAGACAGGGUCCCUCCUCGGAAGUUCUCAACUCUCAUCAAACGAAUGAUUGUUGAGCUUGACCGUGACCCAAUUUUGUAUCCAGACGGAAAUGUUGUCGAGUGGCCUCGAGGUCCGGCCAUUCAGCAGCCUCUCGAUGGGUUCACUAUAAGGCGAACCGGAGACCAGCCGACGAAAGUACGCCUCAUAAUAUAUCUCGAGCAGACACCAGAGCAGUAUAAAGUAGCUCCAGACCUCGGUAAUGUCUUGGGCAUUAAAGAGGAGAGUCGCGUCGGCAUCAUUCAGGCUAUGUGGAAUUAUAUCAAAAUACACGGCCUGCAAGAUAAAACAGAUCGCCGAAGAAUACGUGCCGACGAUUAUUUGAGACCAAUCUUUGGCGGAGAAGGCAUCAUGUUCCACCAACUACCAGAGCUUGUCAAUCGAUAUUUGAUGCCUCCAGACCCUGUAGUCAUCCACUACUCCUUCAACCCAGCACAGGUACCCCCGGAGCGCCCUUCUGCGUGGGAUAUUGAAGUCAAGAUGGAGGACACGAGUUUGAAGAACCGCAUCAUGGUGACGGUACAAUCAAGUAAAGAUAGCAUGUCCGAUCUCACCAAGUUGGAUGAUGAGAUUGCGCUGUUAUCUCAAUCACUACACAACUCGCACACGAAGCGGCAAUUCCUUCAAAGUUUCGCCAAUGACCCAGCUAAUUUCAUACAGACAUGGCUGGCGUCACAGUCUCGCGACUUGGAAAGUGUGCUCGGGAGUGGACCGAGCGAGGGUGCUACUAUCCGUGCUGAGGAGUUGCGUAGGAGCGAUUUCUUCAGGCUACCCUGGGUUGAGGAAGCUGUUGCUUGGGCUGGUGAGAAAAUAUCAUCACGAGAUAAGACUAUCGUCGCGGAGGAGUUCAAGGACAUCGAGCAGGACAUCGAGCUCCGAAAAGAAGGGAUCCUGAAGCUGCAGGCAGCUGCAGAAGAUUACCAGCAUGUGCUUUCGAAAAAGAAGGAAUCAACUGUUGCACAAGAGACGGAGAAACUCAUGCCACUGGAUGCAUUGGGAAUCGUGAUGAUCUCCCAUGGGGAAGAAUUUGGAGAUGAUUCUGCUUUCGGGACGUCACUGGUAAAAUUGGGUAGGGCUCAUUGCAAGGCUGCUACCCUGCAGGAGGCGUUCGCCCUCACUUUUCAAGAUACCUUUAUCACCUCUUGCCAAAACUUCGUUCAAGACAUCAAGGACUAUGAACACCAGCGGAAGAAGUUGGAGAGCAGAAGGCUGAGCUACGACGCUGCUAUCACCAAGCUAGAGAAGGUCAAAGGCAGCAAGAAGGAAAAAGAAAAGGAGAGGCGGGAAGCUGAGGACGAGCUCCAACGCAGCCGUCUACGUUACGAAGAAACUUCUGAAGAUGUGCGCUCCCGAAUGCAGGCUAUUCAGGACAACGAGAUACAACAGCUUCGAGAGUUAACGUUAUUUUUGGAUCUUAAGCUCAAUUUUGUCAAGCAGUACUACGAAGUGUUGCAGGAUGUGAAAGCAAACUGGUGUGACGAGUCCACUAUGGCAAAGUUGGAGACUCGACGCAAGAGCUUUCACCAUGUCUCUUCACGCGCUACAGAAGAUGAUAAAUUGCGUUAUGUGCGUCCCAAGGGGUCCACGAUUUCCAAUGCGUCUGGUGCAGUAGCUUCCUCCGACAUUUCUGACGAGCAUCGUUCGCCCCCUAUGCCUACCCGCCGGAAGUCGGACGCAGGGAACAAGACUAUCUCACGACCAUCGUCGCGGACAUCUCGUAAACGCUCCGAUAGCAAUGCUACACGGAAGCGUGCUGACAGUGAUGUUACAUCUGGUGCCCCUGAAACUCCCAAGGGAGACAAGUCAGGCAAGAAGAUGAACGUUACUGGUUGGGCAUCGAGCGCUAUGAGCUCGAUGACUGGAAGAGGGAAGAAAGACAGAGAUAACUUUGCAACCCUCACAAACGGUGACGAUCCUGAGACGCCCAUCGUCGACUCUCCUCGUCCUCCAAGUUCUCGGUCCUUUUCUCGGAAAUCACCUAGCUCGAAGGCGAAAGAGCUACUCAAUGGGUCCCCCAAGAUGUCGACUCAAAUCAUGAAGCCGCCUUCCCAAUAUUCACGAAAACUUGUCCGGGCGUUACAUGACUUUACGGGUUCGUCGGAUGAACUCACCUUCAAAGCUGGUGAUGAAAUCACUGUCAUCCAUGAAGUCCUGGAUGACUGGUGGCUUGGUGUUUUAUCAAACGGUCGGAAGGGGCUGUUCCCCACUACGUAUACGGAAACCAUCUCAUUGUCGUCUUCGUCAUAUCAAAGCUCGGCGCAGUCAUCUGAAGACAACCUGCAUCAUGCUGCCGCGAGCGAGGACAGCGAGGACGACAUUGGUUACCUUCUCGGAGGUCGUAUUAUGGACACAAGCCAUCCAUCAUCUGCAAGGUUUGACCAUGGCUUCGAUGCAGAGAGUAUGACAAGUACCGUUCCAGAAGAUGAGGAGGAGUCGAGGUUGGUGACGGCGAAAAUCAUUGACGAAGAGGUGUUCUAUAACCCACGUUACGCAUCUCCACAACUUCUCCCACCUUCCAUCUCAAGCAGCCGACCUACCUCUGAGAAAAGCUUUGCAAUCAAGCGCCCUCCUCCACCUCUUCCGUCACGUCGACCGACUAACACAGCUGCCCCCCCCCUGCCUAGCCGCAACUCUACCAAAUCACAAUCCAACAGUCCCCGUCCUCCGGCAUCGACAUAUCUGACGCCAUCGCCUUCAGCGAGCAGUGUGCAAGGGCCGAACAUUUCGCCUUUUGAUAGUCUGUUGGAUGUGUCUUCCACUUAAAGGUGACCCCCGCUUGGGAUGCAGUUGCUCCGAUUCUGGGCGGUGGCCUCGAAUGAUCUCCAUUUGGUGGAUUGACAAGCAAUUUAGCUGUUGAUUCACUAAAUCAUUGACUGCGUUAAUGUGAUUUUGCUUAUAGUAUGUCUACCCAAGGGGUACUUGGAUAGGCGGGCUUAGGGUUCCUCUGGGUGAAGUUCGACUUUUCUUUUUGGUUGUGUCCAUUCUUCGUUACGAGCUUUUGGGAGGACAUCUACAUGAGUGUUGACUACAAGUGUAUAAUCAUUUGGUGUGAAGAAUUCAUGUUCAAGUCAGGAAUCAGGAUGUCGCUGGUGCCACCACUUUCGCUAUAAUUAGACAUGUGACUU